AUGCCCUCCAAAGACGUGUCCUCCGCCGAGAGCACCCCUCCUCGUCGAGCUUCAACCAUCGCCUUCGAGGAAUCGUGUGUCCUCAUCGACGCAUACCCUCUUUCCAUGACAGAUCUUGAAGACGGCGUCAAGCAACGAAUGUCUGUAGCCGGUGCCAGUGAAAAGACGUGGCCGAAAAAGUCACCCUCCCCCCGCCUCUCUCUCACCAUCCCUCCAGCCUUGCGCAAAGCUCUCCCAUCGCUCAAGCUCCGUGUUCUGCCAUAUCGCUGGUCAUCAUCCACCCCACCCUACUCAACCCUCAUGCCUACCCGAUCUACUCAUGCUCUCCCACAACCUGCUCAGCUCAGUUCUCCCAGUGCCGAGAACCCUAUACCCAUCAGAGCCAGAAGCCAGCCCACAUCGCCUGCGACUGGCAAUCCUCCUGUCCGAUCACGCAACCCGUCUGUGGCUGAAGGUCUCCACAUGUUGUCCGAGCGAGAAGAGAACACUGGUCAUGUCUCUCCCAACCCCCUCUCCGGGGAAACUUUAUCCCCUGUAUCUCCUACCAUGCCAUGCGCCCAGAGCGUCUGGCUGUGUUCACCCCCAAGGCGUCAUCCAACCCCGCCAUCAUCCGCGCCCCCAUCCUCAUUCGUCGCUCCUUCUAAACCUCCCACUACCGCAUCAACUCGAAAGAACAGGCCUAUCGUUGUGCGCGCCAUGUCAACGGGUAGGCUGGCGCGCGAGUUUGACCAAGACGGACGAGUGGUAUGCAUGUCAAAUCAUUCGAACCGGGUGCUGCAGAACACUGCUGUCGUCAUCACAGAGGGUCAAGAAAACCAACACGCUCAGACAACUCCAAAGUUGCGGCGUGCACAGACGGAAAAGCCGGCUGCUCGCAAGAACCUUCCAGUCCCACUUCUCUCUGCUUCGACAGACAGGCUCCCCAGGAGGUCGAGCACGGCGGGUUUCGAUUUGGCGGCGUUGCAGAAAGAGGCCGGGAAUCUGGCAAGACCAAACGUAUUGGCCAAGCGGGUGUCGUCGGGGUUCAGGAGGAUGAGCUCGAGCCCGCAGAGGAUCAUGGCCUGA